GCAAACAAUAACGUCCAAACAACGAAUAAAACACCGCAGCAGCAGUGAUAUUCUAGCUUGAGCCACUCUGGUUUAGCCUUUUCCAUUUCUGUCUAAUGCUCGAUCCCUGAAGAUAAAACGUUUUGAUACCCCUCUCUCCCCUCCCACCACCUCUUAACAAUUUUUUUUGGUGCCUUUCCAGGCCGCAAUUCGUCACCAUUUCGUUCCUUGUGGCUCAUCGAGCCCUUUUUGCUUCUCUAACACCCCAAUUUGGAAGAAUAGCAGCUGGUUCUGCCUUAUCCUCACACGGUCCCACCUCCUCACCAAUAUACCCAAACAGCUCCUCCCAAUCUUCACCCUGUUUGAUUCUUUGCCGCACUUUCGCAAGUAGAAAGAAGAAAAUGGGUCCCAAGAAGGCAGUUAAGGAGGAGAAAAUUCCCUUGGGUCGCCCAGGGAAUAACUUGAAGAGUGGUAUCGUUGGUCUAGCAAACGUAGGCAAAUCGACACUUUUUCAGGCUAUCACAAGAUGUUCGUUGGGUAAUCCCGCGAACUUCCCUUUUGCGACUAUUGAUCCUGAAGAGGCCCGUGUCGUUGUUCCGGAUGCGCGAUAUGAUUGGCUAUGUGAGCAUUAUAAACCAAAGUCGAGAGUACCUGCGAACCUGACGGUGUAUGAUAUCGCUGGUCUAACUCGCGGCGCCUCAACCGGUGCUGGUCUUGGAAAUGCUUUCCUGUCACAUAUUCGUGCUGUAGAUGCCAUUUUCCAAGUUGUUCGAUGUUUCGACGACGCAGAAAUCAUUCACGUCGAGGGUGACGUUGACCCCGUUCGGGACCUGAACAUCAUCAGCGAGGAGCUACGGAUCAAAGAUAUUGAAUUCGUAGAAAAGGCCCUCGAAGCCCUUUCAAAACAAACUAGGAGAGGAGGUCAGAGUUUGGAGAUGAAGAAAUUGAAGGAGGAGGAGGCUACCGUUGGCAGGAUACUGGAGUGGUUAAAGGAAGGAAAGGAUAUAAGGAAAGGUGAUUGGAAUCCUAAAGAGGUUGAAGUAAUCAACCCUCUCUUUCUCCUGACUGCUAAGCCAGUUGUGUAUUUGGUCAAUCUCAGCGAAAGGGACUACAUCCGGCAGAAGAACAAGUACCUGCCUAAGGUUGCGGAAUGGAUCAAAACCAACUCCCCCGGCGAUCCUAUAAUCCCAGUUUCUGUCUCUUUCGAAGACAGGCUGACCCGCUUGGAAGAUGAUGUUGCAGCCGAGGAGGAAUGCAAGAAGCUUGGAACCAAAUCGGCUCUCCCCAAGAUCAUUUUAACCAUGCGACAAUCUCUUCAGCUUGGUAGCUUUUUCACCACUGGCGCUGAUGAAGUGAGACAAUGGACAAUUCGGAAAGGCACUAAAGCUCCCCAGGCCGCUGGUGUCAUUCACACUGACUUUGAGAAGACUUUCAUUCAGUGUGUUGUGUUCAACUAUGAUGUGUUACGUGAGUAUGGGGACGAGGCAGCCGUUAAGGCUGCAGGAAAAAUUCUUACAAAGGGGAAAGAUUAUGUUGUGGAAGAUGGAGAUAUAAUCUUGAUUAAAGCCGGCGCUGCAAAGGCAUAGGACAAGCAUAUAAAAUCUUUCUUUACCUUUGACUGUUUCAUAGCCGGGUGAAUAAAUUCAAAUAUUAGUAAUUUUAUCAUGAACUGAAAUCCCUCCAUCGACUUCAAUCGCCACCAUUCCGCCGCGUCAGGCGCUUUGUGCCACUUGUGCAACUUACAUUAUGUUUAUCUCAGACUUCAACUGGAUUCAUUUAGCUCAACGAACAAAGCAUAUAUACCGGUUCCUUAGAGAUCUGGCAAUUCCUGUUUGCUGGUCUUUUUUUGUCCAUCUAUUUACAAUGUUUAAAAAGGACGUCUCUUUAGGUGCAAGGUCCAAAGUCAAAUCCUCCGUUCAGCGUGCUAUCAAGCAAAAGCUCGUCGAGACAUAU